UCUGAUCAGUUCAGCAGUAAAGAAGCCAAAGGCGCACAACUCUUUUUGUUUGAGGGAUGCUCUGCACCAACAAAGGAAGGAGUUUUCCAUACACUGGGUGGUAAUUACAGUAGCAUUCUUUUUCUAGAAGCCUCUAAGACAUCUGCCACAUCACACAGUAGUGUCAAGCAGUGAGCAGCCUUAAAAAAAAACAUGCUUUUUGGACUUUUGGGUCUGUUUCUGGCUUUGACAAAAAGUUGUUGGUGUGCACCACAGCAAACCUGCCAUCCAGGAGACCAGUUUUUGGGAAGAUGCAGCAACACUCUGACUGAAGAAAAACCUACUUGCACGGAGCUGCACCUGAGCUACUGUCAUGAUGUAGGAUACUCCAGAACGAUAUUUCCCAACAUCCUCGGCCACCGGACUCGUAUUGAAGCAGAGUCAGGGGCCGAGUACCUUCUCCUGAGUGUCAUCCAUGGACUCCUCAAAGGCGAGUGCUCCCCUGACAUGCGUCUGGUGGGCUGCUCGGUGCUCGCAUCGCCCUGUCAGGACGACAAGAUGAUCAAGCCCUGCCGCAGCACGUGCGAGGCCCUGAGGAGGGACUGUUCACAUACCCUGGAGGCCGUCGACAUGGCCUGGCCUUACUUCUUGGACUGUGACCGCUUCUUUGCCAGCGACCAAGAAGGCUGCUUUGACCCGCUGGCGGCGCUGAAAGCCAAGCAGGAGCUUUCGAGGCCCAGCCUUUCAGCCGAAGAGCCGAGCACCAUCAUCCAGUUCACGUAUUCGUCUAACACUCAGAUGUACGGCCUGCUGAAGAGAACGGCAGCCAAGUGCUCGCACAUCUCUCAAGUUUACAGCAUAGGGCGCAGCACCGAGGGCCGAGAUUUACUGGUCAUCGAGUUUUCCAACAAUCCAGGACAGCACGAAAUGGUGGAGCCAGAGGUCAAGCUCAUAGGCAACAUGCACGGCAAUGAAGUACUGGGCCGCCAGUUGCUCAUCUACCUGGUCCAGUACCUGUGUUCAGAAUACACCUUGGGGAACCAGCGAGUUCAAGCACUCAUCAACAACACCCGCAUCCACAUCCUGGCCUCCAUGAACCCAGAUGGCUAUGAGCUGGCCGCCGCAGAGGUAGAGGAUAACAAUGACCCGGAGCUCAUCAACCAGGAAGGUCACUUAAUGAACGGUUGGACAAAUGGUCGCACCAACGCCCAGAACAUCGACCUGAACCGCAACUUUCCCGACCUCACAUCGGUCUUCUACCGGAACCGUCGGAGCAGGCACUACCGCACUGACCACAUCCCAAUUCCUGACGCCUACUGGUUUGGGAAGGUAGCGCCAGAGACCUUUGCAGUGAUGAAGUGGACCAGGUCUCUCCCCUUCGUCCAGUCCGCUAGUCUCCAUGGUGGAGAACUGGUGGUCUCCUACCCCUUCGACUUCUCCAGGCACCCACACGAGGAGAAGAUGUUCUCCCCCACUCAAGAUGAACGGGUGUUCAAGCAGUUAGCUCGGACCUACGCCGAUGCCCACGCCACCAUGUCCAACAAUGACACCGACAGGUGCGGAGCCAACUUUUACCGGACCAGGGGUAUCAUCAACGGGGCGCUGUGGUACAGUUUUGCAGGAGGCAUGUCAGACUUUAACUACCUGCACACAAAUUGCCUGGAGAUCACGGUGGAGCUCGGCUGUGACAAAUUCCCUUCAGAAGCCGAGCUUUACCCAGAAUGGAAGAGGAACAAGGAAGCCUUGCUCAGUUUUCUUGAGUCGGUCCAUCGGGGGAUUAAAGGAGUAGUGAAGGACGUCGAUGGUAAUGGGAUCAAAGGUGCCACCAUUUCUGUCAGAGGGAUUCGAAAAGAUGUCACCACAGCUGAAAGUGGAGACUACUGGCGGCUGCUGAGCCCUGGUACGCACAUUCUGACCGCCACAGCUAAAGGUUACUCCCGGGUCAGCAAGCGGGUUCAUUUACCCAACAACAUGAACAAGGCUGGACGUGUGGACUUUGCCUUGAAGAAGGUUCCACUGGAGCCGGAUAUUGAUGAUCACCUCUUCCCCAUCACGGACACGUGGGAUCGAUUUGACCCUUACAACCAGUUUGGGCGCGACGGCGAGCCGGAUGUGGCUGAGGGGGGCAUCGAGCGGCAGGAAAAACCCUGGUGGUGGAGCUACUUCUCCCAGUCUGGCAUCGCACCUCCAAACUGGCUGUUGCGAAAUGUCUAAACUCACUAUAUGUCACACAGCGUUUGUGUAGCAGUUCCAGAUAUAUCCAACAAAACAUAUAAAGGCUUUCUUCCGCCAGAUAUUUCAA